AUGACAAGGAAUCGCAUUAACGAUGGAUGCGUAUUUGGGAAGAGAGAGGCGGGGACGCGGAUGGAGAGAGUGCACGUGGCGGGUCACAGCCUGGGAUCUCACGUGGCGUCAUACAUCGGAUCCGCGCUCAAGGACAUGGGGGUGGGGAAGCUGGGUCGCAUCACGGGACUCGACCCGGCCGGACCCCAGUUCGAACACGCUGAUCCUCGCGUGAGACUCGAUCCCGAGGAUGCCCUCUUCGUGGAUGCCAUUCACACCGACGGCGUCUCCGUCGCAGAAGGAGGUCAGUCUCGUCGAGUCGACGGUCAGUCUCCGUUCGAGUGUUUGACGUGUGCCUUCGUGACAGGAUUGGGGACGCUCCAGCCGUUUGGUCACAUGGAUUUCUACCCGAAUUCUGGCGCUCGCAUGCCAGGUUGUAGUCUUUCUCUUCUGCAAGCCUUCGAUCCGAUGGGGUCCUUUGUCAAUGGCUUGACGCGGUUCACGGUUUGCAGCCACACUAAGGCCUACGAGUACUUCACCGAGUCCAUAAAUUCUCCUUGCCCUUUCCUCGCUCAUCAGUGCUCCAAUUGGGUGGAUUUCGUGUGA